GGGGAAAUGGAAAUAGCGACAGUAGGUCCUCGUCCUCGGCGAUCGGCGGAAAACGGGACGUAUCGCGAACGAAAACGCUUCGUUUUGUCGUUUAUUUGCGGGCAUACACAGACCAUUUAAUCGAUCAGAAUUGCUUCUCGUCCGUGGGGAAUUCGUUUUUUUAUUUUAAUUUCGGCACAUACAGAUGUUAUCGCAUUCGGCAUGGCCGCACCGAGUGUCGCCCUCCAUGCAGUUCAUGACCACCAAUUUGAUACACGCCCAAUCGGAGGAAUCGGGCAUCGAGCCGGGUCAAAUAGCCACGAUAACGGGUUCGUUCGCGUCGUUUCCCAACGCCGAUCUGGACCAAUACGACACCGAUCACACGGACCUGGCGAGCGACGACGGCGACGUCGACACCAAAAAAGGACUGCUCAGAGACGAAUGGAGACAGUUCUUUGACAAGUACGACCCGGAAGGUUUCGGCGAAAUACCGUGGGUGGACUUCCUGGAGGCCAUGAUGCAGCCGGAGUUCCGGCAACGCGUCAACACCGGCAAAAGGGAAAUACUCUUAGAGCGAUCCAGAACUUCCUGUACGCAAGCCAUAACCUUCCAAGAAUUCGUCAAUGUGAUGACCGGCAAACGAUCCAGGAGCUUUAAAUGUGCCGUCCAUCAUCGAGAUCGCGAAGUUUCGUCAGAAAACGACUUCCAUCUGCUGUUCGUCGAGCCGCCGUUAUUUCGCAGGAUGGUGUCCGUGGUCGCUGACGAAUUUCUGACGGACGAUAGGGAUAGGAAAUACUACGCCGACCAUUACACAUGCUGCCCUCCGCCGUUUUUCAUUCUCAUCGUUACCUUAGCAGAGUUAGGAUUUUAUUUAUACUACUACAUUACGACGGGCGAAGCCAAUCCAUCGGGAUCGGUACUCAUAGAUUCCAUAUUUAUUUAUAGGCCCGACAAAAGGAGCGAAGUAUGGAGAUUCCUCUUGUACAUGCUCUUACAUGCCGGAUGGUUACAUUUGGGCUUCAACUUGGUGGUCCAGUUGCUGGUAGGCCUUCCUCUGGAAAUGGUCCACGGUUCGGGUAGAGUGGCGCUGAUCUACAUGGCGGGCGUAGCGGCCGGCUCGUUGGGCACCUCGGUCUUCGACAACGACGUUUACCUGGUGGGCGCCUCGGGCGGCGUUUACGCCCUAUUGGCAGCCCAUCUCGCCAACGUCCUGCUCAACUACAACAACAUGCAGUGCGGCAUAUUGAGGCUCUUCGGCAUAUUCGCCAUCGCGUCCUGCGACGUGGGCUACGCCAUAUACUCGAGGUACGAUUCGAUGGGUCUGCCCGUUUCGUACGUGGCCCAUUUGACCGGAGCCUUGGCCGGCCUCACCAUCGGUCUGUUGGUGCUGAAGAAUUUCGAACAGAAGCUGCACGAGCAACUGUUGUGGUGGGUGGCGCUCGGCGUGUACGCGGCUUGCACGAUUUUCGCCGUGCUGUUUAAUGUGAUGAAUCCGAGCGAGGAGUCGGUGGAGAAUCUCGGCGACGGCGUUAAUAGUCAAUACGUCGUUUACAAUAAAUGGGGUGUGUGAAUGUUGUUGGGGCGAUUCGUAAAAUUGACGGGAGAUCGAUUGUCGUUUACUUUAAUCGAACUCUCGUCUCCUUUUAGGUACUAAUUUUGAUAUGCAUCCCAGUUUAUUAACGUAAAAAUGUUUAAUUUGUUGUGCUUUCGUUUGUAUCAGUUUUUGAUAAAAAGGAAAAUUGUGAUUAGAUGAUUUGUACAUAGUAUUAAUGUAAAUAAUUUAAUUUAUUCUAAAAAAAAUCAAGCCAAAGACUGAGUUUGAACGAGUUUUAUAUAAAAAAAAAAAUAGAUGCAGUCGUUAGAAGUUAUUGUUUAAUUAAAAACGUGUCUAGUAAAACAUUUUUUUUACUCACAUUUUUGCAAAAAAGGCUUUGAUUUUUUUUAAAGCAAUAACUUCUACGAAUUUAUUAGUUAGAUAAGUUCACUGUAAUUUGUCCAAGCUCGAGGUGAUACUGAUACGUAAAAUAGAAGACUGGCUAUAAAACGAAUAAAGUAAAGUACCUUCUCUAGUUUGGAAUUAUAAUAUAUACAUACUUGCAUCAAAUGUGUGAGUGAUACAAUAACUAGUCAUAAUGUAAAAAAAAAGAAUAUUAAGCAAAGCUUACCAAAGAAAGUGCUAGUUAAUUUUUUAUUUACACACUUGAAAAACCUAGGAAAUAUUGCCUUAUCCGGGUAAAAACCACUAUCACAAAGAAGAAAAUGUAUUUUUUACACUCAGGUAGAAAAACUAUGUUAUUUAGAUAAUAGUUUUUAAGGAUUCAAAUGUCAAGAAUUUUUGUUACUCAACGAGUGUUGCAUUUGUGCUUGAGCAACGUUUUUGUAAAAAAAAUUAAAAUAAAACCACUUAAAAAUAUAUUUGGAUUUUUUUGUAGAUAAUCCCUUUAAAUGACUAUACAACGUACAGAUAUAAGCAGUAGCCAAAAUACUAAGAUACAUGAGAAGGAGACAUUAACGAUGAAAAUAUACUGAUAAAGAAUUGUGAAGGAAAUUGUAACCACAGUGACACAUACAGUUGGAAGGUCAGAAAUCAAGGUACAAUCCAAUUUUAUUGGUGUAACAUCAUCACAAAUAAAUAUAAAAUAAUUUAUAUCAUACAACAACGGACGCAACAAUAAAUAAAGAUGCAGGUAACUUAAUUCUUUGAAAAAAAAUACUAAAAAGAAAAGAAUACUGAAUACACAAUUUUUUAAGCCGAAAAACUCCAGUUAUAACAAUUUCGACGCGACUUCUAUAUUAAUUUCAUCUUAAUAUAUACAAAAGUUCAAAAAAAACCGGUAAUAAAUAAAAUUUAUUCAGCUACUUACAUGACGAGGGGGGGGGUUUACCGCGAAUCGACUUCCGCCCCAACAUUAGGCGGCGGUAACUUUCUCGCAAAUCGCGUUCGUAAACUCCGAACAUUUCGACUUACCGCCCAAAUCGCCCGUCAGAUGUUUCGCCUCUCUGAUGGUAUCGAAACAAGCCUUCUCGAUUUUGGCGGCGUGCUCGUUCAAACCCAUGUACCUCAACAUCAUCACCGCCGACAGCAAAAGGGCCGUAGGAUUGGCUUUAUCUUGACCGGCUAUAUCGGGAGCCGUACCGUGAAC